UUCAAUUGUCAAGCUGACAAGGGUGUCAAGACUCAAGUCAAUAAACACCUUUUUAAGAAACUGAAAGUAAAAUUAAAUUAGCAAACCAAAACCCGUGAAAGCUUACUACUUAAGUCUAAAGAAAAACUGUUAAAUACCUUGCUGUUUGUCAAAUAAAAACAAUAAAUCAAUAAUGUAUAACAUUUUGUAAGUUAGUGAGGUAUAUAUUUUUUAAGUGUUACCUACUCGGUAUUUGACCGAAGUGCUGAUAGUUUAAAUCAAUUGGAGGUUGUUUGAUGAUAUUAUCAUUUAUAUCAUAAAAGAUGGACGUUGUUGGGUUACACCGAGUUGAACCCAGUAAGAAAAUAUACUCUUGUUCAUUUGAUGGCUGUACUUCAGUGUUUGAUAGGCCGUACAGGCUCGCGCAACAUCGAUUGGUCCACGCUAAUGUGAAGCCCUUUACAUGCCAAGAGCCAAAAUGUGAAAAAGCAUACACAAGUAAGAGUCAUUUGGACCGUCAUAUCAAAACUGCACACAAAGAAUCUGAUGAGAAUUUACUAUAUUGCUGUCCAAAAUGCAUGAAGAAAUAUGUGAAUAGACAAAAUCUAAAGAGGCAUAUAAAAGUCAGUCAUAUAGAUAACAAUAAGCCAUUCUGUUGUGGUUUAUGUAGAAUGUAUUUCAAGAAAAUGCAUCAGUUGAGAGCCCACAUGUAUGUCCACAAUGGGGUGAAACCAUUCAGGUGUCCAAUGUGUGAAAGGGAUUUUGUAACAUUAUAUGAGAAAAAGAAACAUAUGAGAAAUCACAAGGUAUAUGAGUGUGAACAUUGUGAUAUGAAGUUCACUCGAUGGACUGAGUUGAUGCAACAUAAACGAGUGGACCAUGUAUCUCCAGAAUAUAUUUGCCAUGAUUGUGGAAAGGUAUUUAAAGAGAGAGGACAUAUAAUACGACACGUCAAGAAGCAUAUGCCAAAUGCACCAGUUACCAUAUUUUUCUGUCCACACGAUAAUUGUUUAAGACACUACUCUCGUAACAGCAAUCUAAAACAGCAUAUUUUAGUGAAACAUGAAGGGAUGACAUUCGAUUGUUCACUUUGCGGAGCCAAAUUAUCUACGAAGGCAAAACUCAAUGAACACAUCGAUCGGCACAACCGACCAGAAUUACCUGUUAAGGUUCACAAAACUCUCAAAACUGGCCGAAAGAAAAGGAAAGAUGCAGGAACGAUAAGAUAUGAGACAGCUAUGAGAUUAGCUGGUAUUGUCAAACAAAAAAUAGAAGAAGGCAUAUCAAGACUGUACACGGGCGCUAUAAAUAAUCGGGAAUACUUAGAAGAUGAUGACACUCACCAUUCUUAUCAAAAUAGAGAUUUUGGAAACAAAACUCAAGAUCAUCUUAAAGCAAUAGAGGAGAAAACAGCUUUACCAAAAGAUGUAAAAAGUGACCCAAAGAAGCAUCGAAACAUAAAUGUUGAAUUAAAAGUUGAAACUAUUUACUCAAACAAUAGUAUAGAUUUUCAAAACAAAGAUGAAAAUACCACUUCUAAACCACUUUCCACUUCUCAUAAUAUAAACGAAGCCACUCUGUCUAGUCGGCCAAAUGAAAGUGAAAACUUCCAAGGUAAAGCGACUAUUAAUAAACCAGUUAAUCUUAUAGAAAUUCUAAAUCGACCUAGUAUAAGAAUACCUCAUCAUGAGGAAAUAGAGCCGAGUACAUCAAGCCGACGUAUGAACUCUAUAGAGGUUCAAGUAAAAGUUGAAUCUGAUAGCGAUCCAACCAAUUGUAAUACUGAACUAGAUAUUGAACCCACCAAUUGUGAUAAUGAACGAGAUAUUGAACCCUCUUAUUUAUCAAAUGAUAAUAUAGAUAAUGAAGAACAAACUGGCAUGACUAACCAACCAAUAACCCAAAUCUUCAUCAAAGAAGAACAUAGUAUAGAUCAACAGAGUACCAUAAACAGAAACGACCAUUUUCCAGCAAAUAUUGACAAUGGUUCGUCAAAUGCAGCAUCAUUAUUGCAGCUUUACUGGAGGACCAUUUUUAAUUACCGCAAUGUCUAGAUUUUAGUCUCUACGUAUAGUUGUGUCAUAAAAUGUUUCUUUUUUUUAUAAAUUUUGUAUAAAAAAAACUAAAAUAAUUUAAUUAGAAUCGAAUUUAUCCAUUUUAAACAAAAACAGGUUAGUGGAUAUUAGAAAUGCAAAAAAGUGAACGAGAGUAGUUUUAUACGUAAAUAAAUAAGAAAUAUUUAUCUUUUCAUUCCAUCGAU